AUGAGUGCAGUGAAUAUUACUAACGUUACAGUGCUAGAUAAUCCGGCGCCGUUUUUGUCUCCAUUUCAGUUCGAGAUCUCUUAUGAGUGCUUGACUCCUCUUAAAGACGAUUUGGAAUGGAAACUAAUCUAUGUGGGGUCUGCUGAGGAUGAAACGUAUGAUCAACUAUUGGAGAGUGUACUUGUUGGGCCUGUCAAUGUUGGAAAUUAUCGUUUUGUCUUACAGGCAGACCCACCAGACCCAUCAAAGAUUCGCGAAGAAGAUAUCAUUGGUGUCACAGUACUUCUGUUGACAUGCUCUUAUUUAGGUCAGGAAUUUGUUCGAGUUGGCUACUAUGUGAACAAUGAUUAUGAAGAUGAGCAGCUUAGAGAGGAACCUCCACCUAAAGUGUUGAUUGAUAAGGUCCAAAGAAACAUCCUUUCUGAUAAACCCAGGGUUACAAAGUUCCCCAUCAAUUUUCAUCCUGAAAAUACUGAGGGCGCGGAGGAACCCCCUGUAAAUGAUCAACCUGCUGAAACUGAUGGAAAUGAAGAACCAUUGCCUCCUUCUCCUCCUCGUUCUUCAGAUAAAGAGGAACCUUAA